AUGGUUAGCAAAUCAGAGGUUAGUGUUAAUGUUAUGGACCAAUUUGAUCACCACAAAAGGUUGGGUACCAUAUCUUGGUGGCUAAAUCUCCAGCAACCUCUCCUUGGUGCCGAAAUCAAGAGAAGUUAUUCGUUGCUCGUGCUGUUCAAAGAGACCCUACUCAAGCCUAAGCAGCCAGAGGCCAUGCUUAAAGAGUGA